AUGACGUCACGUCGAGCAGGAAAUGGUGACGUCACGACCGAGUCGCCCGAGUCUGCGUCAUACGGGGGACUUUUACCUGCCCAGCCUCUCACCUGCCCAGCCUCUCACCUGCCCAGCCUCUCACCUGCCCAGCCUCUCACCUGCCCAGCCUCUCACCUGCCCAGGCUCUCACCUGCCCAGCCUCUCACCUGUCCAGCCUCUCAUCUGCCCAGGCUCGCCUGCCCAGCCUCUCACCUGUCCAGCCUCUCACCUGCACAGGCUCUCACCUGCCCAGCCUCUCACCUGCCCAGCCUCUCACCUGCCCAGGCUCUCACCUGCCCAGCCUCUCACCUGUCCAGCCUCUCACCUGCCCAGGCUCACCUGCCCAGCCUCUCACCUGCCCAGCCUCUCACCUGCCCAGGCUCACCUGCCCAGCCUCUCACCUGCCCAGCCUCUCACCUGUCCAGCCUCUCACCUGCCCAGGCUCACCUGCCCAGCCUCUCACCUGUCCAGCCUCUCACCUGCCCAGCCUCUCACCUGUCCAGCCUCUCACCUGCACAGGCUCUCACCUGCCCAACCUCUCACCUGUCCAGGCUCUCACCUGCCCAGCCUCUCACCUGCCCAGCCUCUCACCUGCCCAGCCUCUCACCUGUCCAGCCUCUCACCUGCCCAGGCUCUCACCUGCCCAGCCUCUCACCUGUCCAGCUCUCACCUGCCCAGGCUCUCACCUGCACAGCCUCUCACCUGUCCAGCCUCUCACCUGCCCAGGCUCUCACCUGCCCAGCCUCUCACCUGUCCAGCCUCUCACCUGCCCAGGCUCACCUGCCCAGCCUCUCACCUGUCCAGCCUCUCACCUGCCCAGCCUCUCACCUGCACAGCCUCUCACCUGUCCAGCCUCUCACCUGCACAGGCUCUCACCUGUCCAGCCUCUCACCUGCACAGACUGUCACCUGUCCAGCCUCUCACCUGCCCAGCCUCUCACCUGUCCAGCCUCUCACCUGCCCAGCCUCUCACCUGCCCAGGCUCUCACCUGCCCAGCCUCUCACCUGUCCAGCCUCUCACCUGCCCAGGCUCACCUGCCCAGCCUCUCACCUGUCCAGCCUCUCACCUGUCCAGCCUCUCACCUGCCCAGGCUCUCACCCGUGGGUGGAGGUUGAGGAGGACCCUGCCGACGCGGAACGGAACGGAGCGGAGAUGAAGUUCUUCUGCCCGAUCUGCAAGUGGCUCGUGGUCAACCUGCCCGCCCUGGACGACCACAUGAAGCGGCACAAGGGGUGGACGGAGCCCGCUCUGUUCCGGUGCCCCCACUGCCCGUUCAAAACGUACAAGCUGAGCGUGUUCAUCAGCCACCAGGCGACGCACGACGCGCGCGAGUCACACAAGUGCGCCGAGUGCGGCAAAGUGUUCAUCGACGCCGAGGUCUUCCGCGAGCACCGGGCGGCGCACGCCGAGGAGAUACCCUACAUAUGCGCCGACUGCGGCAAGAUAUUCGCCCGGUCGGACACCCUCGUUGCCCACCGGCGGGUCCACGAGGGUGGCAGGGCGUGUCGGUGCGCCGCGUGCGGCAAGGAGUUUGCAGACUCCAGGGCCCUUCACAUUCACCAGAACGUCCACGGCCUGCCAUCGCGACCCCCGUCCGGCGGCGAACCGGAGGGUGCCUCGGCUCAGACGUUUGACGCUCCCGCUCCCCGCGGAAACGGAGGCGGAGGAGGCGAACCAAGAAGACGGCGGACGUCCGGUGGCGGCGGUGGCGACCACUCUUUCUCCACCGGAGCGAGGCAGGCGAAGAGAAAUGUGAUGCCGCCGCCACGAAGCCGUUCAGCAGGAUCAGGCCACGAGACGCUCUCCAGCCCAGCGACCCGGAUGUCCAUGCGACGCAUCGAGGUACACUGCGAGCACGGGAUCAACGGACCUCCGUGGGCACCUAACCGUGCGCGAUUGGUAACGUGGGUACUCGACGUGGAGACGAGUGCUGCACAGGGCGGUAGACGGGCACACGCUCGCAGCGUGCGAGAGCUAUGGCAUGCCACUGGUUCUUCAGGUUCUGCAGAUGUAGAUGCCACCACCGCCAUCUAUUGA